GCGCCACAACUACACCUGAGCUGGGAGGCGGCUUUGCUUGAGUUAGCGAGCGCCGCGAUGUCGCUGGUGGUGGAAUUUCGUGGGACCUCCUGGUUCCCCUUUUCGGAGAUAUUUGCGCGCUAAAGCGCACGGUGACCGCAGCAUCUGCGAGGGGCGCGCUUGCGACUGAGUUGGACGCGCCUGGUACCUAGUCGAGAGAGAAGCUCCUAUCCUUCCUUGUCAUGCAGGCGGCGGCUCCCGGCGGGGUACAGCCAGUUGCCACCGAGCCGCUGCCGAGACCCGGCCAAAUGGAGCCCCGUGAAGAAGCGCCUUCGCACGCCUUGUCAGAGCUGAAGCCCUUGUCUCCCAUCCUCCAGGAAGUCGGCUCCUAUGUGGCUCGGGCGCUGCUGUGCCUCGCUCCGGUGUACCUGGCCGGCUACCUGGGGCUCAGUACGAUCUGGGUACUGAUAGGCUUGCUGUUCUGGAUGUGGUGGAGGAGGAACCGGCGAGGUAAGCGGUUGCGGCUGCUGACUGCCUUUGGGCUCGUCGAGGAUGAGAAGAAAGCCAUCAGUCAGAGCAUCGCCCUGCAACAGCUGCCUGCCUGGGUUCAUUUCCCUGAUGUCGAGCGGGUGGAAUGGCUGAACAAGGUUAUUGAACAGGCCUGGCCAUAUUUUGGGACAAUCAUGGAAAAAACAUUUAAGGAGAAAGUUGAACCAAAAAUCAGAGCAAAGCAUGUGCAUUUGAAAACGUGUACAUUCACCAAAGUCCACUUUGGAGACAAGUGCCCUAAAAUCAAAGGAGUAAAGGCCUAUACCAAAGAAGUUGAUAGAAGACAUGUGGUUCUGGAUGUGCAAAUAUGUUAUAUAGGGGACUGUGAAAUUCACAUGGAAUUAUCGAAGUUCAAAGUGGGAGUGAAAGGAAUCCAGUUGUAUGGAACAUUACGAGUUAUACUGGAGCCUCUUCUGACAGAUGCACCUUUCUUUGGAGCUGUAACUAUAUUCUUUAUCCAGAAACCUCAUUUAGAAAUCAGUUGGGCAGGACUGACCAACCUGUUAGAUGCUCCAGGUAUAAGUGUAUUGUCAGACUCCUUAAUCCAAGAUCUUAUAGCUUCCAGAUUGGUGUUGCCAAACAGAAUAACUAUCCCACUGAAAAAGAAUCUUAACAUCGCUCAAUUGAGGUUCCCUAUUCCAUACGGAGUCAUAAGAGUGUACUUACUUGAAGCAGAAAAUCUUGUGCAGAAGGACAAUUUCCUUGGUGCAAUCAGGGGGAAGUCGGACCCUUAUGCUCUUCUUCAGGUUGGCCUUGUGCAGUUCCGAAGCAAGACAAUUCAGAGAGACCUGAAUCCCAUCUGGAAUGAAAUGUUUGAGUUUGUUGUUCAUGAAUUACCUGGUCAAGAUCUGGAGGUAGAGCUGUAUGAUGAAGACCCAGAUAAAGAUGACUUUCUGGGCAGCUUGCUGAUAAACCUUGAAGAUGUGAUGAAAGACAGAGUUGUUGAUGAGUGGUUCCCUUUAAGCAAGAUAGCAAGCGGACAUGUGCAUUUAAAGCUUGAGUGGUUUUCUUUGGUGACUAAUCAGGAGAAACUAUGUGAGGACAAGAAUGGUCUUGCCACAGCAAUUCUCAUCAUAUAUUUGGACAGUGCCUUCAAUCUUCCUAAGAAUCAAUUUGAAUAUCACAACGGUGAAUAUGGAGCAAAGAAAUAUAGAAAAGACAGAUAUCUCAAGAAGAUGGAACGAGAACCUUCCUCCUUUGUCCUGCUCACAGUGGGUAGCAAAACUCAGAGAAGCAAGACUUGCAAUUUCACCAAGGAUCCUGUGUGGGGUCAGGCGUUCACAUUCUUUGUCCACAGCGCUCCUUCACAGUCUCUUCAUCUGGAGAUCAAAGAUAAGGACCGAGAUAAUGCCCUAGGAACGUUAGUGUUUUCUCUUGCACACUUGCUAAAGAAUCCUCAGAUGACACUUGAACAAAACUUUCAACUGGAUCAUUCUGGCUCAGACAGCAGUAUUAAGAUGAAAGUUGUGUUGAGAGCUUUGGGCAUAGAGGAACCUGAUCCAGAAAGUAUCUAUACUGGGGUUAAUGCCUUGAAGCAAGUCCCUAUCCCUGCCACAGAGCAAGCUGGAAACCAAGGCAAGACGCAGCUGCCACCUCCACCUCCCCGACCACCUCCACCGAAAGUCAUGGUGUCCAAAGCACCCCGAGAGAACAGAGACUUGGGCAUACCUGAAUCUAAAGGUGACGGACAGGACAGUAAUGCUGACCUGAAUGCAAAAGAGAAUUUGACUGGACCUAUUGUGACGGAGACAGUUGCUGGAAUUAACGAGCAAGCAGGCACGGGUGGCUUGGACCCCAAAUCCUUGACUCUUCCACAAACCAUUCCAGCAGCCCCCACAUUACCAGCCCUGCAGAGACUCCAGGUUGCCCCCAGCAUUAUGUCUCUGGGCUCCAUAGCCUCUACAAACUUUGAUGUAACUUGCAGCAAUCUAGACCUCACUAAUGGGACGCUUCCUGCUGGAAUGCCCAUGGGAGAAAUUCACCUCACUGUGCGCUAUGCUUCCCUAAGGCAGUCUCUCAUUGUGUUGAUCAAUGGCUGCAGAAACUUAAUGCCAUGCUCUCAGCAAGGGGCACACCCCUAUGUCCGCAUCUACUUGCUCCCAGACAAAAGAUGGGUAACCCGAAGGAGGACUACUGUCAAGAAAAGAACUCUGAAUCCCCACUUCGAUGAAAAGUUUGAAUUUUUUGAAACUUUGGAAGGAGUUAAGAAACGAGCCUUGGACAUUGCAGUGAAACACAGAAGGCGCUUUAUUUCACAUGAAAGAAAAGAACUUGGAAAGGUGCUGAUUGACUUGUCAAAGGAGGACUUAGUUAAGGGCUUCUCACAAUGGUAUCAACUGACAGUAAAUGGACAACCCCAAAGCUGAGUCUUGCUCCUGCCUUAAUCAAAUGUACAUAUGUAUAUUUUGAACUCUUCAGGACUUAUAGAACAAGUUUGUCACUUUUUAUAUAUUUGUCACAUUGUUAAAUUAUUUGAGAAGCCUGCUGUAAAAUAUUUAUCUUUUCCUGUUUUGGCAAUAACCCAGGAUGAGUCCCAUUGUUUUUAAACAUGAACUUCCAUAUUUAUUAACCUCUUCAUAUACUUUUUGAGCGAUGACUAGUGGAGGAAUUAUCUCCAGGUUUUAGUACUAUUCUCGUGUACUACUUAAGAGGAAGUAGUGUAUUUCCAAAAGAGUACUUACCACAACAGGUGUGACUAGGCAUAUUGUGAUGCAAAGAACUCAGGAAUUUUCUGUAUGAUCGUCUGUAUACAUAUUAUCUCAAAGAUGAGCAUGCCCCUAAUAGUUAGUGAAACAACUUUCAACUUCUCCAAUGUGUAGAUACAUAGGCAGGCUGGUGGUGCGCUCUCCCAGUUGCAUCCUUUUCUCACCACAUUGAAUCCUGCUGUGAGGGGUCCCUGACUACUUAGGAUCAAUGUUUCAGCUGAACCAAGGAGCUACACUAGGCAGAGCUGGCUGAAAACCUGAUACACAUGCAGCCCUCUGAAUCUCAACUGUUGCCUUAAGAUUCACAGCCAAUGCACUUUCUAAAGCAACUUUUUAGAAUGUUUGUCAGAGAGAAUAUGUAGUUUUUGUAACAGUGUGUUGUAAACUAUAGCUAUAAGCACCCACUUCUGUUUCAGGGAAUACACAAUCUAAUAAAGGAAAUCAACAGGACUACUGUACACUGUUUUGACUGACUAGGGUGCCAAAUCUCUGCAAAGGUAGGGGAGCCAGUAGAAGGGCCUGCCUGUAGAGAUUUAUAAACCUGAAUGGAUAGAGGGUUCUGGGGGAUUUUCCUGCCAAUAUGGCUGGUGAUUCCAUCAAGGCCCUUCUUGCAUUCUGGAGAGGGGACUGUCUGCCAUAGUCUGCCUUAUCUCCUUGUAGCAGGAUUACUGGAACAUCCUCUACAGCUGAAGACCAUCUGGAAACUUCAGUUGGUACAAAAUGAUCCCCAACUGGUGGCAGGUGGUCCAAGCAUUAUAGCAGCUGCAUUGGCUGCCAGUUCAUCUUAAGUGCAAUUCAGUUUCUUUUAAAAUCCUACAGGGCUUGAGGCAAAAGUACUUUAAGGACCACCAUCUUCCACAGGAAUCUGCCCAUCAUUCAUGAUUGUUUAGGGAGGCUACCUUGCAUGUCCCAUCACCUUCUGAGGUUAGAUUGAUGGUGAAGUGUGAGCAGGCUUCAGUGGCUAUCUUUUCUGUGGAAGUCUUGCGAAAAUGGCUUGUGGCUUUUAAACAAAUAGAAAACGUGGUUAUUCUAGCAGGCAGUUGCAAGGGUCCCUUGAAUCUGUUUCCAUGUGUGUUCUCAUUGUACAUAGAGUUAUGAUGAUCUUUAACUUGCUGACUCUUUUGUUAUUUUACUAGAAAGUAGGGGAAAUAAAUGAUUCAUUAAACUGUG